AUGUGGCCCGCGUGGGCCGCGGCUGCGGCCCAGCCGCCGCAGACGGGCCCGCCCCGACCGCCGCAGGCCCCGAGCGCCGGGCUCGAGCUGGCCGUCGGCAACCCGCAGCUGGACGCGCGCCUCAGGGUGCUGGUCGAGAGGGACCGCGGCGCGCAGCUGCGCGAGGCCCAGCAGCAGGGCAACCGCAGGGUCACCCAGGAUCUGAGGCACCUUGCCCGGGAUGUCACGGCGGCGGCGCUGCGCGAGGGGGAGCCGUGGCGCCCGGACCUCCAGGCGUGCACCCGCCUGGUCAGCGCGCUGGGCAGGGGUCGCGCCUGGGAGGAGGCCGUGGCGCUGCUGGGCGACCUGCGGCUCUCCCGCAUGCAGUUGGAUGCAGUCAGCUACAACUCGGCCCUCGGCGCCUGCAUCCCCGGCGGCAGGUGGGUGCUCUCUCUGUACCUUGUGCAGCAGAUGUUGCAGUCGAGCGUGGACCCCGACAGCAUCAUCUUCCACUCCGUGAUCGUGGCCUGCAGGGAGGCAGGGGCCUGGCAGCGGGCCCUGCACAUCUUCAGGAUCUGCUCCGACUCCGAGCAGCUGCUGGGCGUGAGCGCCAGGCCGACGCAGGCCACGUACGUCGCCGCCAUUUCCGCCUGCGCCAAGUGCGGGCAGUGGGAGCACGCGCUCGGGCUGCUGCGCGAGCAGCGGCCCCUGUUCCCGCAGAAGCUCCCCACCUACCAGGAGGCACUGGGCGCGUGCCACGCCGCCGGGCGCUGGCGCGAGGCGCUGGCGCUUCUGGACGAGCUCCGGGAGGCUGGCCCGAGGCCCGACAGUAGGAUGCUCUCCCGCGUGCUGAGCACCGUCGGGCGGGAGGGGCAGUGGCGGCGCGCGGUGCAGCUGCUGGAGGAGGCCGAGAGGGACAGCCUGGAGCCCGACGACUGGUGCUACCAGACCGUGUACCCCUACACGGCGCUCGCGCGGCCCAUGGAGGACACGAAGGUCCCGGACGCGCAGGCCUUCCUGGACGCCUCUGGCGUAGGCGUGGCAGUCCAGAGAGGCUUCUUCCAGCUGCCGCCGCACCUCCAGCGUGCCACGAUCGCGCUCGGGCCGCUGAAGGGUUCCCGCAGCACGGACGCGGUGCUCAGAUCGCGCAUCCGCGACAUUCAGAAGGAGCCAGGGAGGCGGGCGGGCGCGAUCGGCCUGCCGCGGGCCCUGCAGCGGGGCUCCCCGGGCGCCCGGUGGGCGCCCCCCGCCGCCGUGGCGGCGUGGCUCGGGGGGCCCGCGCUGGCGCGCGCCGUCGAGGACGGCUACGAGGGGUACAGCAGGAUCAAGUUCAAUGCGCCCGUGGCCCCCGUGGAGGCUCCGAAGGACCCGAGCGCACCCGCGGGCGACUCGAGCGUGCCCUUCAUAUUCGUGGGCGUCGGGUUCCUGGUCGUGGGGGCCGUUCUGGGGUCGGUCGGCUUCUUCUCCGCGGACAGGUGCGGCCACACCUUCUGCGGCGCCUGCGUCCAGCAGCUCUGCGCCACCGCGGCCGCGGCGGGCGCCAGGCCGUCCUGCCCCACGUGCCGGCACGCCUUCGCGCAGAGCGACGUGCGGGCCAAUUUCGCCCUGGCCGACGUGCUCCGGGAGCACGCCGAGCAGGGCAGCGGCGCCAGCGGCCCUGCCGCGCGCGAGGCCGCCCAACCGCUCCGCCCAGGCGGCGCCCCCGCCCUGCCCGCGCACCCGCCCGGGCGCCUCGUGCGCGACGCCGCGCGGCCGCAGGGCGGCGAGGCGCGCGGCGGGCCGGGCCUCGGCCUCGGCCUGCCGCCGCGCCUGGAGCAGCUCGUCCUCCACGAGGACCAGCAGGUGGGCCUGCGGAUUUACCUUCUGGACAACAGCGGGUCCACCAGCAGCCACGACGGAAAGGUUUUCAGGGAGGACCACACUGGGCGCGUGACAGCGCAGGCCUGCACCCGCUGGGAGGAGAUCAAGCACAUGGCCGCUGAGCAGGCGGAGUGGAACUGCAGGAUCGGUUGUCCCUGCGAGUUCAUGCUGCUGAACCCCGGCCCACCACCGCUCCGAGAGGGCGUCGGGUACGCGCGCCUGGACCCGCGGCACGGCGAGCGCAUACGGCACCAGCUCGGCGUGCUGCGCCGCAUGCUGGAUUCCAGUGGCCCGACCGGGGUGACGCCCCUGAGCCAGCGCGUGGAGGAGAUCUACACGAGGGUGUCCAUGCAGCACGCAGACCUAGUGGCGAGGGGGCAGCGGGUGAUCCUCACGGUUGUCACCGACGGCCUGCCCACCGCCCCGUGCAGCAACCGGACUACCCCAGCGGACAAGUCGUGCUUCGUGGAUUCCCUGCGGCGGUUGAUGCUGAUGCUGCCCGUGAGCGUGGUGAUCCGCCUGUGCACGGACGGGAGUGCCGCCGUCCAGUUCUACAACGAGGUGGAGCGGGACCUCGAGCUGCCAGUGGACGUGAUCGACGACAUCGUGGGGGAGGCCCGUGAGAUCAAGGGCCAGGGCAACGGCUGGUUCGCGUACUCCCCCGCGCUGCACCGGCUGCGCGAGGGUGGCACCUUCACAAGGCUGCUGGACCUGCUGGACGAGCGGAUGCUGACUCCCGUGGAGGCCGCCCUGAUGGCCCAGCUGCUGCUCCGCCGCGAGGGCGACCCGCCGUUCCCGAACGAGCCGGGGGCCUUCUGCCAGGUGGCGGCCAGACGUCUGCGGGAUGCCGCCCACGUGUACGACCCCCUCCUGCGCAGGAUGGCGCCCCCGGUGGACAUCUGCGGCCUCCGCGUGGCCCUGAUCGGCGGCCCCGCCGCCCUCGCGCCGCUGCGCGCGCUGGCUCUGGGCUUCCUCUGGGCGCGCGCUGCGUGCCUGCCCGACCACUGCGAGGAGAGCGAGGCGGAAUUCAGCAGCGACGACGACAACGGCGAGAGCGAGUGA